UCGUCACGUCACAUUCGCAACGUCAGAUGUAAACGUAUUACUAAAGACCGAAAAAAAGUAGUUACAAGUUUUUGGAAUAACUGAAAAUAAAAUGUAUAACUAAUUUUUAUAAACAUUUACAAGAUAGUCUACGAAAUUAACUUGAAACAAUGGGUAUGUUAUUUAGUUAUUUCAAAAGCCUCAUAGGCACUCGAGAAAUGAGGAUUUUGAUUUUGGGAUUAGACGGUGCAGGAAAGACGACAAUAUUAUAUCGAUUACAAGUAGGGGAAGUAGUAACUACCAUUCCAACUAUAGGAUUUAAUGUUGAACAAGUUACAUAUAAAAACCUCAAAUUUCAAGUAUGGGAUUUAGGGGGCCAGACAAGUAUAAGACCAUAUUGGAGAUGCUACUACAGCAAUACAGAUGCAAUCAUAUAUGUAGUUGAUUCAGCUGAUAAAGAAAGAAUAGGCAUAUCAAAAGAUGAAUUAGUUCCAAUGUUAAGGGAAGAAGAGCUAGCAGAUGCCAUCUUAGUAGUACUUGCGAAUAAACAAGACAUACCAGGCUGUAUGUCGCUGAAGGAAGUUCAUCAAGCCUUAGGCCUCGAAGCAUUAAAAAAUAGGACGUUCCAAAUAUUCAAAACAUCUGCUACAAAAGGCGAAGGUUUAGAUAUGGCCAUGGAGUGGUUGGCCAACGCUCUGAAGAACCGGAAAUAACACUUAGUAAUUCCAGUUUUCUAGUCUGUAAUACAACACCGCAUCCUUGUAUAAAUUAUUUUAUAAAGUUUUAAAAAUUAUUUAAUUAUCAGAGUUAUGUUCAAAAUCCGUACAGAAUAUGAUCAAAGGAAAAGGAGAAGCAGUAUAAAAGCUGAAACACAUAUUAGCUAAAAAUAACUAAACAAAUCGCCGUGUAGAGAGAGAUAGGUGGUUAUCCGUGACAAGACAUCUCGUAACGCGACAGUUCGUAACUACACAAAUGGUAACGGACAACUCGUAACGGCGACACUUCGUAACGUCAAAAUAGAAUUAUUCUGUUUAUUUUGGUUAACGUGAAAACUAACUUUUAUUACAGUUACAAUUGAAAUUGCGUUUAUCAAUUUAACGAACCAGCAUCAGGAUAAACAUUUGAAGACAUUUCAUAUUUCGUGGAGAAAUAUACAGUGAUAAGCGCGCUAAUAACCGGCCAAAUAACGUAAAAGACAGAAACCAUAUUAAAUUGUGAGAUAAAAAGAAAUGAAACGAGUAGAGGUGGUGAAUUUAGCGAUAGAAACCUAUAAAUUUACAUUAUAUUGAUUGUGUCCAACCUUUAGACGUAUCGGACAAGUUUGGCAAUUACCACUGGGACUCUGAUAGUUUUAGUUGCCAUAUUCCUCUGAUACGUCUAAAGGUGGGAAACAUUCAAUAUACUGUAAAUUUAUAGGUUUCUGUCGCUAAAUUUCCCACCUCUACUAGUUUCAUUUCGUUUUACCUCACAACAUAAUAUGUUUCCAUCUUUUGUGUUAUUUGGCAGUUAAUAGCACGCUCAUCAUUGUAUUUUAACAUUAUGUUUUAAAAUAAAUCUAAUCUAGUAAUGUAAAUUGUAUUAUUAUAGUAAAUAAAUUACAUUUGCGAGCAAAAAAAUCGGGUCACUCGAUGAAUUAUACAUGUUACAUGUCACGGAUUUCCUAAAACUGUUGUCCGAUUUGAGUGUUUUUGUUAGUAUAUUAUAGCCUUGCUAUUUAAGAAAAUCGAUGUAAUAAUAUUGUUAGUAGACAGGUAAAUGUCAUUUUAUACUGGUUUUAACAAUCAUACUUUGUUUUUUUCCUUAAAGUGCACCCCCGUCUUAGGCUUUCUUAACAUUUUGUUGUUUGAUUCAUUCGUUCGAUAAUAAAAGAGAUAGCGACUGUGUACCUGCAUAAUGUCCUAUAUUCUAUAUGAUUUUGGAUAACUUUUCAGGAGCGAGUAAAAACUAUUUUAGUUUGCGAUGCAAUCUUUGACCUUGCAUGCUUUGGUCUUUUGCCUUGUUGGCUUUGCAAUUUUCUACAUGACAUAGACUGUUCUUCAUGGCAGUUAGGACCGAAUGCUUGUUGCUCGGCAGUUAGGACUAAUGAAAGAGUUAAAAUUAGCGCCAAAUUAAAUGAUUUAUUAUUUGGUACUAUAUUGCAAUAAUGUAUUUUAGUGGUUAGGUUCCAAUGCUGUGAAAAACGAAAAAUGAGAAAAAUGUCAGAUAGGACAUUAUGCAUGUACACAGUCGAUAUGUACUUUUAUAUUACAAAUGAGGUAUGCUAUUUGGUCUUGAUAAAUAUCAUUCCACAUCUCGAGAGCUACUGUUUCUACCUCUUGCAAGGUUCUAGGAGGUGGUAAACGCUGUCGGAGUCUUCUGCCAAUUAUGUCCCACAGAUGUUCGGUUCGGUUAAGAUCUGGACUAUGCGAUGGCCAAUUCAAAAUCCUAAGAUUUACCUGUUGUAAAUAUUCGGUUACAGUUGGUGAACGUGAGGUCUUGUAUUAUCGUGUAUUAGCAAAAAAUUGAUACCAAUAUAAGGAGCCGAUAACAUGGUAGCUAAGUCCUUCGCUAUGUAAGAUCACUACUUGAACACACUCAUGGCGGGUCAAAUUCCUUGUAGCGCGUUCCGUUUCCACCAAACAACAAAUAAUAGCUAUUUGUAUAACAACGGAGGAAAGUGCUACUUUUCCUCCCGAGAAUGAAGGCAGUAAUCAUUCAACGGAGGAAAAGGCACUUUACUCCCAUGUUAUACAUAUGGUUUUUCCACCUUCCUCAAAUAAGUCAUUUUUUCAUUUUUACUUAAUUUAUUUAUGUAACUAACCAACAAAAUUUAUUAGAACUAAAACUAACAAGUAGGUACAAUAUAACUGUCAAAUAUAAGUCAAAUUAUUAAUGUAAACGUUGUUAAAUCAAAAUAACAAUUUACUGUUUUUUACCAUUCUGCAAAAUACAGGUUGUUUUAUAAAUAAACGUUAAAAUGAAUAGAUACAUGAAUAGAUAAAAUGUUAAUAAAGGUUACAAUCGAGUUUUAAUCUCAAUAUUUUAUACAGUAUGUCCCUGUAAGUUGUAUCCAUAUGGAAAACUUUUUUAUUAUUAAUUUUACGAAAAAAGUCAUUCUUCAUAAAAAGCUCUGCAUGGUCCAAAACCUAAGAUUCAACCAUCAGAUAUAAAAUUUUAUGAAUAUUAUACGAGGUAUGUCAAAAAGUUUGAAUUUCACUCAAGAGUAAAGUAGCUUUAUGUUUCACAAUAUUGAAAAUUGCUAUUAUGAAAAGUUAGUUUUAAUUAAAAACUAUAUUCUAAUAUGCAAUUACAUCCUUCUAAUUGAAAAUUUUUUUUUGAAAAAUUAUGGACAACUAACAUUAUUUUCAGUUAUUUCAAUUCUGAUAACUCUUUUAUUAUUAAUUUUACGAAAAAAAGUGAUUCUUAAUAAAAAGUUCUGCAUGGUCUGAAACCUAAAAUAAAACCAUCUAUCUCAAAUUUUAUCAAUUUUAUACAAGGUAUGUCAAAAAAUAUGAAUUUGGCUCAAGAGUAAAAUACCUUUAUUUUUCACAAUAUCGAAAAUUGUUAUUAUGAAAAGUUAUUAAGAAUUAAAAACCAUGUUUCAGUAUGUAAUUACAUCCUUCUUAUUGAAAUAUUUUGAACUAUAAAGGUACCUUAUUUUUGAUCUAAAUUUAUCUUUUUUGACACACCUCGUAUAAAAUUGACAUAAGAUGGUUGUAUUUUAGGUUUUAGAGUAUUUUAGGCCAUGCAGAACUUUUUAUUGCCAAUCACUUUUUUCGUAAAAUUAAUAAUAAAAGAGUUAUUAGAAUUAAAAUUACUGAAAAUAAUGUUAGUUAUCCAUAAUUUUUCAAAAAAAAAUUUCAAUUAGAAGGAUGUAAUUGCAUAUUAGAAUAUGGUUUUUAAUUCCAAACAACUUUUCAUAAUAGCAAUUUUCAAUAUUGUGAAAAAUAAAGCUACUUUACUCUUGAGUGAAAUUCAAACUUUUUGACAUAUCUCGUAUAAUAUUCAUAAAAUUUGAUAUCUGAUGGUUGAUUCUUAGGUUUUGGACCAUGCAGAGCUUUUUAUGAAGAAUAACUUUUUUUCGUAAAAUUAAUAAUAAAAAAGUUUUCCAUAUGGAUACAACUUACAGGGACAUACUGUAUAUGCUAGAAUUUUCCACAAGGUGUUCCGAACUUUAAGGAAAAGCACAGUAUGAUUGUUACAAUCGGUAUAACAAUAUUAUUACAUCGAUUUUCUUAAACAAUAAUGCUAUAACAUACCAAAAAAAUCACUCAAAUCGGACAUCAGGUUUAGGAAAUUCGAGACAUCCAACUUGAAUAAUUAUUCAUCGAGUGACCCGAUUUUUUGCUCGCAAGUGUACUAAUAAACUGUUUUUAUUUGUUUCAUAAUUGUUCAGACUUAGUUUUACUAUUAAAGUGAUAAUUCAAGAUAGGAAAUAAAAAAAAUCUUUAGUUGUCAUAUUAACAAGAAUAUAUGCAAAAAUAUGUGUAAAAUAUAUUUAAAGAAGUGGUCUUAAAAAAAGUACCAUGUACCAUUACUUUUUGUAUAGGAAUGUAUUCAAAAUGCGUUUUUGUAUAAAUUCAGUAAAACCAAAUUUGCUAAAAAAACUGGCGUCACAAAUUAUACCGUUACGAAUAUGUAUAGUUACGAACUUUCGCCGUUACGAAUUAUCCGUUACCAUUUGUGGAGUUACGAACUGUUGCGUUACGAGAUGUCAUGGAACCGUGGUUGUCAUAUUAAAAGUAUUUUUGGCGGUGUUGGUCGACAGUGGCUAUCAUAUUACACCUUAGCGGUAACCUACUAUUGUAGGAAAUUGAAAGAUACAUUCUUUAAUCAAAAUUUGUUGUAUAUAUUGUUUCUUAGCUGUUUAUAUUUCAUAUCUAUUUAUAUUUUUAACUUAGUGUGUAUAAUGUAUGUUAACGUAAUUAUUUUUACAUGUUUUCUUGUAUUAAAAACAACAAUAAUUGGAUUUGAUUCUGAUUCAAUUUUAUAGCUCUACUAGGUAAUUAUGCAGAAUUUCAGAUGUGUCUACUGGGCCUACGUGAGUUAACAACAUAAUUAUGGUACAGUUUGCAAACUUCUUAUAACUACCAACAAUAUAUAAUUUUAGAAGGCAAGUAAAUAGUAUUCGUAUUACAAUGAUUUUGUACCUGGCUUGUAUCUCAGAAUAUCGAAGGGUAGUCCGUAUGUUCUAUUUUUAAGUUUGUUGUGAGCGUUGUUCUGUGUACUUAUUAAACUGUUUUGUGGUCUAAAACGCAAUUGAUGUGAUGAUUCUAGCUCUGGUGAUAGUUUCAUAAUUGUUCAUUGGAUUUUGAGUCUUUCUAACACUUAACAAUGUUUGAGAUAAGACGAGACUUCGUUUUGGUUUUACCAGGUUAAUAAAUUACAAAUAAAUCAAAUAACAAUUUAAAUUACCGAAAAAAAAAACUAUGACACUGCUUAUUUAAAAUAUACAGGGUGUCCAGAAACUCUACCGACAAACGAAGACAGAAGAUUCUUCAGAUAAUUUUAAGACAAUUUAACCCAAUUCGCUUAGUCCGAAAAUGCUUCCUAAGGGAGCUAGAGCUCUUUGAAGAUGGCGUCUUGUAAUAAGUUUUUCUUAAAUACCUCCAGAACGCCUCUAUUUAGAAAAACAAAAAUUGGUACGCAUAUUUAUCUUCUAGAGAUAACUCUAUUACAUUGAUUGCGAAUUUCUAGUACCGAUCAUAGGCGUCCGUUUUGGGUAGGGCAACGGUUAUUUUAUCGCCCAACUUUUUUUCUUUACUUUUUAAGCAUUUUUGACUCUGAAUUAUUAAAUUGUAAGGUAUUCUAGUACUAAAAGUUACUCUUGCUUUAAGUCGGUAGGGUACACCGUUUUCUAGAAAAAUCGAUUUGAAAAUUUUUCGUUUUUUGAAUUUAAAAAAAAUUUUCAAAAAAAAAACUAUUUAGAAAGACGAAAACUGGUACAUUUAUUUAUAUUCCAGAGAUAAAUCGAUUUCAUUAAUUGCGAAUUUCUAGUACCGGUCAUAGGCGUCCGUUUUGGGUAGGUCAACAGUUAUUUUAUUGCAUACCUUUUUUGUCUUUAAUUUUUAAGCAUUUUUGGCACUAGAAUAUUCAAUUAUAAGGUAUUCGAGUACUAAAAGUUACGCUUGCUUCAAGUUGGUAAAAUACAUCGUUUCUUUUUGAAAAUUUUUUUCAAUUUUUUUUCAAAUUUCCAGAACGAAAAACUUUCAAAUCCAUUUUUCUAGAAAACGGUGCGUCCUACCGACUUAAAACAAGAGUACCUUUUAGUACUAGAAUACCUCACGAUUUAAUAAUCCAGUAUCAAAAAUGCUUAAAAGUUAAAGACAAAAAAGUUAUGCGAUAAAAUAACCGUUGCCCUACCCAAAACGGACGCCUAUGACCGGUACUAGAAAUUCGCAAUGGAUGAAAUCGAUUCAUUUCUGGAAAGUAAAUAUGCAUACCAAUUUUCGUUUUUCUAAAUAGAAGCGUUCUGGAGGUAUUUAAGAAAAACUAAUUACAUGACGCCAUCUUCAAAGAGCUCUAGCUCCCUUAGGAAGCAUUUUCGGACUAGGUGAAUUGGGUUAAAUUGUCUUUAAAUUUUCUGAGGAAUCUCCUGUCUUCGUUUGUCGGUAGAGUUUCUGGACACCCUGUAUACACAUGAUUUUUGAUUAAAAAUUAUACUUUUCCUUGGCUAGGGGGCUAGGGAUUAUUAUCCCAAUAAAAGAAAACGACUGAAGUUCAUUGGUUUAAAAUUAUCUAACUCGAGUACUAUAGCUUUUACAAAUCAGCCACAUUAACUGUUUGUAUCUGUCAAUAAAACAGUAAUAUUUAGUAUCCUUUCGUGAUAUUAUGUACGGAUUUUUUUUUCGUUUUUGAUUUAUGCUAAGAAAAAUAAUUAGUGGCGAGGAAUAUAAAGUCUUUCAUGCUUUACUUUUUAAUUCGAAAUUGUAAUCUAGAUAACAGGUACCUAUUGAUUCAUUUAAAUAAGAGAACCAGAAAAAUCUACAGCCAAACGUUUAACUUUUUGAAUGUUGUAUUCAAUGCUCAAUUUUUUAAAAAAAGGUUGCUAUAUAAUCAGGCAAAAUGCAAAGGUUGCAGUGUAUAGGCCUAUCCGCGCUGCAAUCUCGAACUUACCCAGAGGGGGAACGCCUGCGCAUUACAAAAUUGGACGUUCAAUAAGGUCGAAUUUUUCCCUCCGAAAACUUAAUGCGCAAGCGAUCUCCCUUUGGGUAAGUUUCAGGGUCUUUAACGUGUGCAGUCGAGCCUCUAUUGGAUCGGGGCAUUAAAAAUAGUGAUGUUGAUUAUAGUUACUUUCGAGUAUUCGUUACAAAUCGUUACUUUUGUAUAAAGUAAUCAUUUACAGUAUUCGUUACUUUGAUUACUAUGAUUACUUUUGUUACUUUUGUAUUUGAGUACCGGUAAUCAUAUCGAGAAUCGUAUUUCUCACUAGGUAGGUAUUUUGUAUAAAGUAAUCAUUUACUUACAAUAUUCGUUACUUUGAUUACUAUUAUUACUUUUGUUACUUUUGUAUUUGAGUACCGGUAAUCAUAUCGAGAAUCAUAUUAUUUCUCAGUAGGUAGCUAUUUUGUAUAGGUAUUCCGAUAUAACAACAACCUUCACUGAUCUGUUGUAAGGGAUCAAAAUUAUUUGAUUACAAUGAUUACUUUUGUUACUUUUGUAUUUGAGUACCGGUAAUCAUAUCGAGAAUCGUAUUUCUCAGUAGGUAGGUAUUUUGUAUAGGUAUUCCGGUAUAAUAACGACCUUCACGAAGUACGAAGUAAUCAGAGUAAUCAAAGUAGAUCAAAUAGUCGUUACUCGCUCUGUUACGAUUGGUACGAAGUACUCAGACUAAUCAAAGUAAAUAUAAUAGUCGUUACUCGUUCUGAUACGAUUGGUACGAAGUAACGAAAUAAUCAGAGUAAUCAAAGUAACGAUUUGACUCUCCGUAUAGUAAUCGUUACUUUCGGUAUUCGUAAGUAACGAGUACUUUGUAACGAAUAGUUACUUUUUCAACAUCACUAAUUAAAAAGGCUCUUAAAUCUCGUUACGCCUCUCACUCUCGCUUGCUGGGCUUCAUUCAGUCCUUUCUAAGCUUCAUUGUAGUUCUGCUUAGCUUGUUCUUGGUCCAUUCUUAUCCUACGAGAAACUCGGGAAUAACUGGCUCCUCCGGCAGAGCUCCGCAUACUGGGCGAAGGCUAAUGAAAACGGUGUUGCAUAACACACAGGUUGUUGAGACUCCUUAUCUUUAUUUUCAGUUUUAUAAAUUUUUUUUUAUAAAACUUUUAAAUUCGUUUAGUUUUCAGAUGGGUGGAUGGAAAUACAUGCUCAGAGUAUUACUCCUAUACUCUCAGGAUGUACUUACUUUACUAGAGCUCAUUUUUAAUUCUGUUAUCGUCAUAGUUCUUAUAUCAUUCUACAUUGCAUCGUACCAUUUUUUCCUAGACAUUUCUCUGUUUAUUUUUCUGAUGUGUCUUACUAGUUGUUGUCCGUCUAAUUCUACUUUUAUUUCUUAAUCUUUUCAUUUCAUUAUUCGUUUUGAUGAGUUGUUUUUGGAGUGGUACAUAUUACACGGAAUGACAGGCGAUAGGGUAGUCAAACUAGUAAGAGAAAAAUCGCCGUUGCGUAGAAGUCUCAGCCAACCACGGAAAAAAUGGAGAGACAAUAUAACAUGAAGGCACAAUCCAAGAAAACAAAAACAGGCAGAAUUGACUAAUAAGAAAAUAGAAUAAGAAAAUGUACCGGGUGUCCCAAUAAGAAUGGCUCUCGGCCAUAUCUCAGGAACCGUUUAUACUACAGCUUUGGGAAAAAAAUUUAUAACAAAAGUUGCCCCGAGAAAAUCCUGGAAAUUAUUUUCGUAAUUGUAAGUCCACCGUCAGAGGACGUAAUUGAAUAUCAAAAAUUAAAAAAUCGAAAUUUUACAAAAUUUGCCUAAUGAAUGGGCACUGGAAAUCCAAUCAUCGUAUUCUUCAUACAAUUCUGUGCAUAUUUUAUUUCACAAGUUUAAGUCUACCUGUGCAAAUAAGAGGUGGUGGUGAGUGGGAACCUUGUUAUGAAAAAAUCGCUGUAAGUCCGGUUCUGCUUAAUCGAUUUUUAUAAACUUGGUCUUGUUGAAAACAGCUCUUUUUCGUCAAUGUAAUAGUUAUAAUUUGGAAACAGCCUAUUACGUAAUAUGCUGGCUAGAAGGCGCUAUUUAUUGUUUUUUAGAAAUCUAGUUUUCUUUGGAAAAUAUUAAAUACAAGUAUGUAUGUUUUUCCCUGUAUUACAAAAUUAGACUAAAUUAGCAACAGAAUACCGAAUACCGCAUGUCGAUACCCUUUUUCUAUCUCGAGAUAUCUUAAGAAACGUGUAAAUUUUAAAAAUAACUGUUGCUGUCAUAUAAGUGGAAAUAUAUAGAAGCACGUAGUGUGCUAUGAAAAAAAACAAAGGAACAUUGUCCAGAUGUCACCGUAUAUAAUGAAUCAAAACAACAAUAAGACAAAUAACACUAUAAAAUAUAACAAAAAAAGAGUGUGUGUACUUUGUACGCGAGUAAGAAGUUAUACUUCUACUAUUAUGAUUUUAACGAAAUAAAUAUAUUUUAAACAGUUUAAUUUUAUUUUUGUUUAAAUAUUACACUAAUUUUUAUACUUAAAAUAAUACCAAAAAAAUAGCGUUAAUAUGUAAAUUUUUAUGAAUUGUUGCCUCCGCGCAUUUGAUUUUCUCUCUAUGAAUCGUAGAAAAUAUAAAAACGUCAGAUUUUCUACACAAUUUUUUAAUUUUUAUUUCAUUAUAUUUUAAUAUCAAUUAUCCUAUUCCCAACUAAGAUAAAUACAUAACUGUUAUUGUCACCGGUAAACUAAGUUAAGGAAGUCAAAGUGGAAACAAGUAGUGUGCUAUGGAAAAAAUAGAACUAUUAGAAGUAUUAACUUCAAAAAGUCAUCAUGUGUCAAAUUAUGUGUCAAAUCAGUAAAACAUAAAAAUUUGUUCAUUGAUGGUUUGUUGCGGUUUGUUUCUAUUAAAAUUUAUACAGAGUGAAAUUCAAGAUGAUUCUUACAAACUAAGAAGCAUUUGGCAUGAUAGCCACAUUCUUUGAAUGCAUAAGAAAUGCAACUGUUGCAGCUAGAAUAUAUGCAAUGAAAUAAUCCCAAAGACGUCACCUAGACCAGGGCGCAUCUGUAAAAAUAUUAGUACAUUUGGACGUUGAGAGGUGACUCAAAUUUUUUUUGCAGAAAUUGCUUAAAAAUAACUUAAAUAAUAAUAUUUGAGUUAUCCUCCCUCUCAAAAAGGUCCGGAACAUUGUUUAAAUAAUCAAAAUGUCAAAAAAUAAAGGGGAAAUUCGAUUUUUUUUUUCGUUUUUUGAUUAUAACUUUAAAAGUAUUCAUUUCCGAGAAAAGUUGUACUGACAUAAAAGUUGCGUAAUUAAAUUUUCUACAAUAUAGAAUUGGUUAAAAAUUUAAAAAGUAGUCAUCCUUGUUGCAAAAUAGCAAUAAUUGCGAAAAAACUAUACAAAAACAAAGUAUUGGCAUUUUACGUUUUUCAACCAUUUAUGCUACACUUAGGACCUUCAUAUUUUACCCAGAAAAACUAAAUAAUAUAGUUAAACAAUACGGUAAAUUUAAUUAAUAUCGGUGGAAUAGAUUUUGCAAAAUAAAUUUUGCAAUCUAGCUUUCGCAAAAAAUUUAAAUUUUUCAAAAUGUUGCAGGACUGAAAAUAAAGCAGAUAACAAGUUGAAUUUUUUUUUGCUUAUAGAAGAAUACCGUACCUUUCAUCUGCAAUUUUUAAAAUUAAAAUCCAUUAACUACCACGGCGUCAGGAAUUUUUUUAAAUAAACAUUAAUUAUUGGUGCUACGCGCAGGACAGCGGAUAGUUUGCUCUGAUUGGGCAUUCCAAUGACCUUUGAUAAUGAUUGAUACAUUUUAAUUUUUAUUACAUUUCUAUAUAAAUAAAUAAAUUUGUUUAUUGCAAAAUAAAAACUCAUACUCUAUCCUUUGAAAUAACACUUUUUUAAUAAAAAUUUUCUUUGUUCAUAUUAUGUUAACUUAGAGAAUAAAAGUUUAUUAUUUUUAAACAUAUACAAUUGUUUAAACAAUAUUUCACAAACAAUAAUAAAAUUAGUAUGAUUUUUGUGUAAUUAAAAUAUUAAAAUACAACAAAAUAGAGUAAGAAAAUAAUAUAUUAGAUAACGAUUGGAAGAAAUUUUGGUGGAAAUCAACUUGUGUGAAUCGAACAACGCUGUCCUGCGCGUAUCACCAAAAAUUAAUGUUUAUUUUAAAAAUUUCCUGACGCCGUGGUAAUUAAUCGAUUUUAAUUUUGCAAACUGCAAAUGAAAGGUACAGUACACUUCUAUAAGUAAAAAAAAUUCAACUUGCUAUCUGCUUUAUUUUCAGUCCUGCAACAUUUUAAAAAAAUGAAUUUAUAUUGCGAAAGCUGGAUUGCAAAAUUUAUUUUGCAAAAUAUAUUAAACCGAUCUUAACGAAAUUUACAGUGUUAUUUUAAUAUAUCAUAAAGUUUUUCUGGGUAAAAUAUGAAGGUCAUAAGUUUAGCAUAAAUGGUUGAAAAACGUAAAAUGCGAAUACUUGUUUUUGUAUGGUUUUUUUUCGCAAUUAUUGCUAUUUUGCAACAAGGGUGACUAGUUUUUAAAUCUUCAACUAGUCCUAUGUUGUAGGAAAUUUAAUUACGCAACUUUUAUGCCCACAAAACUUUUCUCAAAAAUGAAUAGUUUUAAAGUUAUAGUCAAAAAACCAAUAAAAAAAUCGAAUUUUUCCUUUAUAUUUUGACAUUUUGAUUAUUUAAACAAUGUUGCGGACCAUUUUGAGUGGGAGGAUAACUCAAAUAUUAUUAUUUGAGUUAUUUUCAAGCAAUUUCUGCAAAAAAAUUUGAGUCACCUUUCAACGUCCAUCUCAAAACAGAUGCGCCCUGGACUAACCCCAGUAGUAGAGUUUUUCAUAUUUUGUUUUGAUUUAUUAUAUACGGUGACAUCUGGAAAAUGUUUCUUUGUUUUUUUCCAAAGCACACUACUUGCUUCUAUAUAUUUCCACUUAUAUGACAGCAACAGUUAUGUUUAAAAUUUACACGUUUCUUAAGAUAUCUCGAGAUAGAAAAAAGGUAUAGACAUGAGGUUUUCGGUAUUCUGUUGCUAAUUUGGUCUAAUUUUGUAAUACAGGAAAAAAAUACAUACUUGUAUUUAAUAUUUUCCAAAGAAAACUAGAUUUCUAAAAAGAAAAUGAAUAGCGCCUCUUAACCAGCAUAUUACGUAAUAGGCUGUUUCCAAAUUAUAACUAUUACAUUGACGAAAAAGAGGUGUUUUCAACAAGACCAAGUUUGCAAAAAUCGAUUAAGCGGAACCGGACUUACAGCGAUUUUUUCAUAACAAGGUUCUCACUCACUCCCACCUCUUAUUUGCACAGGUAGACUUAAACUUGUGAAAUAAAAUAUGCGCAAAAUUUUAUGAAGAAUACGAUAAUCGGAUUUCCAGUGUCCUUUCAUUAGGCAAAUUUUGUAAAAUUUCGAUUUUUUAAUUUUUGAUAUUUAAUUACGCCCUCUAGAGGUGGACUUACAAUUAUGAAAAUAAUUUCCAGGCUUUUCUCUAGGCAAAUUUUGUUAUGAAAUUUUUUUUCCCAAAGCUGUACUAUAAACGGUUUCUGAGAUAUGGCCGAGCGCCAUUCUUAUUGGGACACCCGGUACAUAUUACGAAGAAGGUUUCUAGAGAGAACUAAUAGCACUAACACUUCAACGAUACACCACUGAAAAAAAGGCGAACUUCGUUUAAGCGGUCUCAGGAGUCCGGUAACCCAAUAUGAAAAUAGGUUAUUUCGCGCAGCUCAUCAUCGUAAAUUAUGUUGUAAGGUAGCAUAUAAGAUAUAUGCAUAAAAUCUUGCUUUCCAUCUGAGCGUCUAAACACCUACACAUUUGAAAACAGUUUUGUCAGGAAUAUACUGAUGGAGAUUAUUAGUAGCAAUCUUUUCUGGAUUAAAAAGAAUUGAUCGUCCAAGUUUAACAAUAUCUAAAAAGUAUUUGGCAGCUAUUAUUGAAACGAUACAUUUUUACUAUAAAAAGGCCGCUGAACACGACUACGCCAUCAGAACCGACACUCGGAGUACCUGGUAUCUAGGAUCACGUCAUCUUCUGGAGUCUCGAGGGAUUGCGGCACUGAAUUAAUGCAAACAGAUUACACGGGGGCUUUUUGGUUUUGCUGAACACGAAUACGCCAUCAGAACCGGCCCCGGAGCACCUGGUGCCCACGGUCACUGCUAAGACCUGUUACCUUCUGGAGUUUGGAGGGUUUUUGAGCACCGGGGGUCGGCUUUGAUGGCGUGUUCUUAUUCAGCGACCUCAAAAACACCCAGAGAGAUCUGAUUCUAUCAAAUUAGUGCCGAAAACCCUCGAAACUCCAGAUGACGUACCUUAGCAGUGAGCAGUGCCUUAGUUACCGAAAACAAUGGAUCAAGGAUCUCAAAAAUUAAAUAAAUUUGAAUUCUUGUGGAUAUUCACAAAAUUAUAUUUUUCUUAAUCUUAAGAAUACUGACGAAUAUCUUACAUAAUUCAUUAAACUGUCCGUAAAGGUAGCCAUAAGCUACCCGUUCCUUGUGUUCCCAUAAUUUAGCUUUCCAGUACUAACCAAAAUCAUUUAUUCCCGGAUACAUGGUUGAAAUAUAUGGUCUUUCUUGUUUGUAAGUUGGUAGCAAGUAUUAUUUCUUUAUCGUUUAGGUACUGAAAUCGAAGCGCUACUUCUAAAUGGUUUUUGUCCUAAAUUUAGUUUACCGUCCUUUAUUUUAAAUAUUUAUUGAGUUCUAACUGAACUCCAUUUAUUUCAUUCCUACUGUAUCGUCGACUUACUACACAAUAUUAUAGAGAAAGUGCUCGUUCCUCUUAAUACAUUUGUUCGCACUUUCCAAGGAAUUUUUGUGGUAUAAAGUUGAAAGGGGGCUCAAAUACAUUUAAUUGUUGAAUCUAAAUUUUAUUAGAGGUCAAAUCAAGUCCAUAAAUAAUUUUAGCUGCUUGGUUUCAUCAUAAGUUGUUGGUUAUAUUAGUGUUUUUUUCUGCGAAAUCGAGGAAGACAAAUUUUUGUAAUAUGCCUGUGUUCAACAUCACAUUUCUAUAAUCUAGUGAUGAUAAGAUCAGCAGAUAUUUGUGUGAAUAAUAAUUAUCAUUGCAUCAAAAUUAUUAGUCAUCAAAAAUAUUGUAAAAAGCCCAUAGGUACCUUUUGUUUAGAUCUUAUUCUUGCCUAAUUGGUGGACAGUAUUUUCUACUCUUACAGCCAUUCAUGUAUCAAAUGUUAAUGACCAGAUUUUGCAAACUAGAUGUAUUGCAAAAGAGAUUCAGAUUGCUUUUAUCUAUAAGCAUUCCAAAAGUUUCAUAUUUCAUAAAUUAUAUAUACAUAUAUUUUCACCUGUGUUUUAAGUUGUGCGUCAUAAGUUUAUUUUCGAAAUAAAUAUCUUUUGUACAUUUCAAUAAAACGUAAAUGUUCAUAA